AUGGCUCCUCCACACAUUGUUGCAGAGAUGCAGAUGAUGAGAGAACGGAUGGACUUUAUGAUGCAUGCCCUCAAGAGGCAAUGGGAGGAUAAGACACUAAGGACCUACAUAACUCAUUUUAACAAUGAGGCCCUCUCAAUCGAUAAAGCGGAAGACAAAAUACUCGUAGCAGCAUUCACUAAUGGCCUACAGAAGGGAAAAUUCUUAUUUUCUCUAUAUAAGAACGAUCCAAAAACCAUGUUGGAUGUGCUCUACAGGGCUACCAAAUAUAUGAAUGCGGAGGAUGCGUUAUUAGCCCGAGAAGAGAAGCCUAGAAAGAGGGAAAGACAGGAGGACGCUCAGCAAGAUAGGGGGCGAAAGAUGGCUAGGACCGAAGAACGACGGGAAGACCGAUGCUCUAGACCCCCUACUGGGAAAUUCGCAAGUUUCUCAUCUCUGACGGCCCCGAUAGACCAAGUCUUGAUGCAGAUAAAAGACGAAGGAGCUUUGAUGUUUCCCAGCAAGCUGAAGGGAGAUCCCAAUAAGAGGUCAAGGGAUAAGUACUACUAUUUCCACCGUGAUCACGGCCAUGACAUAGCCGACUGCUACGAUUUGAAGCAGCAGAUAGAAGCUCUUAUAAGAUAA